AUGAAGUUUUCACUCAUUUUACUUCUCUUGUCAGUCGUCGCUCAAUUGGGCUUUACAAAUGCCCUCUUGUACAUUCCUCCAUUGCCAAAGAAUGAUCCAUUCUAUGCCCCACCUGCCAAUCUCAGCAAGUACCUGGUUGGAGACAUCAUCGAUUGGAGACCCACUCCUCAGAAGAUCAGAACAAUCUAUGUGCCCGUGAAUAUCCAAAACUCGUGGCAAUUCAAGGUUCGCAGUACCGACUCUUUUGGAAACCCUAGUGCCAUCAUUACCACUUUGCUCCAGCCAUACUCGGCUGACCCCACUAAACUUUGGUCUUAUCAGAUUGCUGAAGAUGCAGCGCAGCUCAAUUGUGCAUCAUCAUACGCCAUUCAAUUUGCGACACAGCUGAAUAUUGAGCAACAAGCUGAGAUGAUCAUUUUGGAAACAGGCUUAGCCAAAGGUUGGUAUGUGGUAGUUCCAGAUUAUGAAGGUUUGAAGUCUACUUUCACCGCUGGGUGGCAAUCUGGUCAUGCAGUUUUGGAUUCCAUCCGUGCUGUUUUGCAGACUAAGGACAUUACCAACCUCAAUCAUGAUGCUAAAGUGCAGAUGUUUGGAUACUCUGGAGGCUCUCUUGCUACCGGAUGGGCUGUCCUGCUUCAAUCUGAGUAUUACCCUGCUCUCACUGGUCAGUUGAUCGGUACUGCUAUUGGUGGUGUCACUGGCAACUUGACUGAAAUCGCUAUUCGUAAUGAUGGCACUAUUUUCGCAGGUUUCGUUGCCUUGGCAUUGAGAGGUCUCUUGAACGAAUACCCUGCGUUAGGCCACGUAUUGAACGAAGAUGUUAGUGCCAUAGACAAGGCCAAAUUCUUGUCUGUCACUGGAAACUUGUGCUUGAUUCCAGCAGCGGUCACUUACCUGUUUCAGACUUACUUUAAGGGUAAAUGGCCAUUGUUCAAAGACGGGGAGCAGUUCUUCAAUAGGGCAGAUGUUAAGGCUGUGCUUAACAACAACACCAUGGCCCUCAACAAAGAUUAUGGAGUUCCAACGUGUCCUAUUUUCAUUCACCACGGAAAAGCAGAUGAGAUUAUUCCAUUUGAUGGUGCUGAGAGAGUGUACAACAAUUGGUGUGAAUGGGGAGUACAAUCCUGUGAAUUUAAUGUGGCUAACACUACUGGCCACAUUUUGGAACUUGUUGAAGGUUGUAGUGCAGCUCUUACUUGGCACACCAACCGUUUUGCUGGAAUUGAGCCGGUUUCUGGAUGUCAGAGAGUGGAGAGAGUCACUAACUUGCUGUACCCGGGCGCUGAUUUGAGCACUUACCAGCUUCUAAUCACGUUGAUCGAGUCUGUUUUGGGUAAGCAGGUUGGAGAAGGAUUAAACAGAAGUGUCAACAAGGUUCCUGUUGGAUUUAAGACCUUGGAGGACUUCCUCGUGUCUGCUCUCGCCAAGUUGGGCAACCUUCCGUUUAGAUGA